GAAAAUACAAAAUCAAUUUAUUAAAAAAUUUUAUAUACAUUAAUAAAUAUAUUUUUAUAUAAAUAUACGCACUGCACUUUAAGCAUAAAGCAAACCAAUUCAAAUAAAACGUCCUAAAGGAGAGAUCUUGAAGUAAAAAACUUGUACCUGGUCGGAUCUACCAAAAAUACAUCCUUUUUGCUCUUAAAUAGAGCAAUUAGAAAUUUAAAAACGAAAUUCAUAUUAUUUUUAUGAAUUAUUUGAUAUAGAAAAAUGGCAGAUAUGCAAAUUCAAACGACCUCUAGCAAAACGUUAGUGGAAAACCAUAACGACACAUUAGCAGCGACACUAGAGCCCAAUAGUGCGCCUGCACCAGUAUUGACUAGGCUUGGAGUAGCAACGCUUAGCGAAAGUUAUCAACUUGUCAAGCAAAGACAAAAAAAAUAUAAUGAAUUAAGUGCCAGAAACAAUGAAACUAUGUUAGACACUUCAAAACUUAAAAAUGACAAUCAAGGCGAAUGGCAAGAAGUUUGUUCAUCAAAAAACAAACUGAAACGUAAAAAGAAACUAUCUGCUUCACUUACAUCUGUGACAGAUACAGUUAAUCAAGAGAAACGCACACGUAUUGAAGGAAUACAACUUAAUUGUCGUGGUAAACUACAGAUAAAUCAGGUCCUUUCUGCGCCUGAAACGCCUACACAUAAUUGCAUUGGCGCAAUGCCAAAAAGUACUGAGAAACUUACAACUAAACCACCACUGCCUCCAACAUUAAAUGUAACCAAAACUACACAGAAUGUUAAUGCAGGAGGUACAACCGUUACAACACCACCACCGCGACUUAAAAGAAAAUUACAGGAAAAUGUACAAACUAUACAGAAGUUGAAUGCACUUACCGAACAGUUACGUUUGGAAAUCAAUGAAUUAAAGUCCAGUUUGACUACAGAACGUGGAGCGGUACGGGUAUUGAGAGCCCAAAACGAAUCAGAAACUCGCAAGUGGAAAAAUGAAGUGAAAAAAUUACAGAAUGCCUUAGACGUUUCUAAAAAGUCUACAACACUGGCACCAAUUAAUAUUAAAAAGAAUAUAGAUGCAGCGAAUGCAGAAAAUUUACUAGGCUCAGCAACAGGAAGCUUGGCCAAUUAUGAAGUACAGAGACUGACAAAUGAGAUUAUAACACUUAAGGAAGCAAAUAAAUCUUUAGAAGAAAAGAAAUUGAUUAAUUGCGACGCUGAUAGACGUAAAGCAGCUGAUAUGCGCACAUUAAAAGAUUCUUAUGAAAUCCGAUUGACUCAAUUAACUAAAUCUGCCAAAACUGAAAUAUCACGUUUGCUAGAGGAAUUAAAAACCAAGGAACGAAAUAUUGGGCACCUUAAAAAGGAAUUACAAGUUCUACAAACAAAACCAUUGAAUGAAACAAAAAGUAAAAAUUUUACGACGAAAACUCCAACGAACAAAACGAAAUUAAUUAAACCAAAGAAAAAUAAUUUAAAUAAAAGUAAACAAAAUAACGAAACAAAACCUAAGAAAAAUGAUGAAGCUAAGGAUGCCAACAAGGCUGAAAGCUCAAAUGAGGUAAGCACAUCACUACAUCAAAAGCGCUUAAAUUUUCCAAUUAGCUUAUUUUAUGACCAAGAGCAAUAAAAUAAGAAUACAUUAUACCAGAAAUUGUGCACUUGACCUGUAAAGUCGAAAACAGAAAAAGUGACAAAGCCAUUGACCCGAAUUUGUCGGAAGGUGCCAAAUAUUGUAAAAGAAAA